AUGUCGAAUUUAACUGUGCUGGGAAAUUACGAGAAUGACGACAACGCAAAAGCCCAAGCGCGCAAUAUACUCGGCCCGACAAAAGACGCGGAAUUCCUCCAAAGCUUCGUCAGAGUUGGGACAGGCGAAGAAGAUGAGGAACUGCCGAUCCAGAAGGCGUCAAUUAGCAAACGCGGUCCAGUGGAAAAGAUUGACUCUAUCCCCGAAGAGGAAAAGUACUCUCCAUCGGGACGCAAGGAAUCUGAGAAACCCCAAAAGCGAAGGUUUCGUCUUAAGCCAAAACGUGAGAGACGACGUCGCGAAGAGGAGCUCUAUACUGAUAAGGACCGGGCUGCAGCUGUAGUGAUAGGAACUAGGGACAUUAAGCAGUCCUUGAGUAUGAAAGACAAAGCGGAGAGAACCAACGCUCUGCAGAUACCAAUGGAGGCUGAUGCGGGAACGUUGCUGGCGUUAGCGCGGGCUGAGAUGAUGCGAGAGAGAUAUCGCACUGCGCUGACCUUUGUGGACAAGGCAAUCGAACUGGCCCCUGAAGAGAAAGCGGCUUACGUGUCUCGCAGCCGAUGCCACCUACUCCUCGGCGAGCCCCUGAAAGCCCUGGCUGAUGCGGAGACAGCGCUCAAGCUCGACCCCAAGCACGCACGGGCACUGCUUCAGAAAGCUGAAGCAUUAUACUAUUGUGGCGAGUUUGAAAUGAGCCUGGUCCAUUACCAUCGAGGACUCCGUGCCAGACCCGAUCUGAAUGAAUUUAGGCUUGGAGUUCAAAAAGCACAGGAGGCGAUUGAAAACACCAUUGGGGCAGUGAAGCCAGUUAAGAAGAGCUGCAAUAAGCGGAGACUUUCAAAGUCGUCCCGACCAGUGUUAGGUCAACUGAUGUCAGAUAAGAUCUACCUCGAGAAUCUUCUGAAGAACCCUGAUCUUGCCAUAGCUGAUAAGAAGAACAACGUGGUAAUCAAACAAGCAGAAGAGGCGAUAAGGUUUUUAGAAAACCGAGAAGAAUUUUGGAGACAGCAGCAAACUGCAAAACAACACUAA